AACGUAAAUAAUACAAUAUUCGUCUGAUAUAUCUCCAACCUAUACUUGGUAUCUGUGCGGCUGUUCAUUUUUUGAUCUGUAAUUUUAUUACUAUUGAUUAUCGGCAAGAAUGCGUUUCGACGAUAUCCUUAAUGAGCUGGGGUCGUUCGGUCCCUAUCAGAGACGCGUAUAUUUCGUAGUAUGUUUGAUGGCUGCUACGACUGCAUUUCACUCCAUGACACAAGUUUUUAUAGCUGGGACUACAGAUCACUGGUGUACGGCUGAGUAUUGGGAGGAUGAAAACUGCACUGAAUGGAAUUUAUCUGUCGAGGAUUGUGAAGAGGCAAAGAAGAAUGGUAGUAUCCCAACCAGUUACGAAGACGGGGAUCUUGUUUACGAUCAGUGCGAUAUGUACAAUAUCACAGGCAUGGGAUUCGACCCAUCGUACGACUCAUCGAUGAAUGGUACAGCCGAAACCAUCCCGUGUCAAGAUGGGUGGGAACACGAUAAAAGUCAGCUGAAGUCAUCCAUUAUACAAGAUUGGGAUCUAGUAUGCGACAAGAAAAACCUACCGGACUAUGCCCAAUCGGUAUUUUAUGCUGGUUAUCUAGUUGGAUCUAUUGUAUUUGGGGUCCUUGCAGACAAAAUUGGGCGAUAUCCAACCCUCUUUAUUUGCCUCGGUAUCCAGGCUGGAUUUGGAGUACUGGUUGCUUUCUCGCCUAACUAUUGGGUGUACAUCGUCCUUCGUUUCUUCCAAGCGGCUGGCAACAAGGCUGUGCUACAAGUUGCCUUCGUCAUUGGUGUGGAGUUCGUCGGACCAAAAUGGCGAACAGUGACCGGAAUAGCCAUCCAGAUUUUCUUCGCCUUGGCCUACAUGCUUCUUGCCAUCAUUGCUUACUUUGUUCGCUACUGGAGGACACUACAACUUAUCAUUUCUGCUCCGCUAUUCCUUUUCUUUUUGCUAAUGCCUUUCAUCCCAGAGUCAGCACGUUGGCUUCUCUCUCAUGGUAAUAGCAAGAAAGCUGAGAAAAUCAUACACAAAGUCGCCAAGGUCAACAAACGAAAACUACCGGAUCCUCUCUUUACAAAGGAAGAAGUAAAAGAACAGGCAGCUGCAAGCCUAGCCCCUAAAGCAGGUAUCCUCGAUCUUUUCAGGACACCUGUGCUCCGUUGGAGGACUAUCAACUUUAUUUACAAUUGGUGAGU